GCGCGCUGUGCACUUUGUGUCUUCACCUUUCCCUUCCUCCGCAAUGGCGCAAUGGGGCCAAGGUCAGCCGGGAUUCCAGUAUCCCAUGCAGACUGGAUAUCAGCCUCCAAAUCCUCAGUUCCAGCAGAACCCGCAAUUCCAGCAGCCUAACCUACAGCAGUUUCAGCAAAACCCGCAGUUCCAGCAACCGCCGUCUCAGUUCCAGCCAGGGUAUGGACUACAAGGAGGCAGCUUGCUGCCACAGAGGACGGGAUAUUCUGGUAUGCAGCCCCAGCAGACGGGCUUUGCUGGCAAUGGUCUUUUACAGGCUCAGCCGACAGGUUUUCCUGGGCCAGGAAGCAAUUUAUCGCCAGCUCAUCGACCAGCUCCACCACCACCACCCGUUCCGCCCAUACCCGCACAGUAUCAGCAGAAUCAGAGCAGCUUUCUCCAGCCACAGCAGCAGCCAACUAGUGGCUUCCUGAGUCCAUCGCCUGGACUAGGAGGACCUGGCUUGUCUGCCAUCCAACCCCAGCAGACCAGCUUCCCCGCUGCGCGUCCACUAGUACCGCAGGUCACAGGAUACAUGGAUCCCCGCUUGCAAAUGAUGUCUACUACGUUCUUGCCAGUGAAUGCAGCUUCUCCGUAUAGCGCCGGUGGUGCCCCUCAGCUACCGUCACAGCUACUUCCAGGAGGUCUAUCCUUGCAGCAGUCGUUCCAGCAGCACAAUCAAGAGGUCAAAGGCACCGCCGCCCCCCGAGUCCCGUGGGCGCUGUCAAAGCAAGAAAAGAAGAAUUACGACAAUAUCUUCCGGGCUUGGGAUACGCAUAGUGAUGGCUUCAUUAGUGGACAGACCGCGUUGGAUGUAUUUGGGCAGAGCGGGCUUUCGAAGGAUGAUCUUGCCCGAAUAUGGACCCUGGCCGAUGUUGACGAUCGUGGAAAGCUGAAUAAAGCAGAAUUUCAUGUUGCGAUGGGUCUCAUCUAUCGAAGGCUAAAUGGGAACGAAAUACCUGAAGAACUUCCUCGUGAACUUGUCCCGCCCUCCCAUCGUGAUCUCGAUAGUUCUGUCGAUUUCCUCAAGGGAGUGCUCAAAAGUGAGACUCGGUCACGGUCUCCUUCCAACAUUGACUCGCCUGUAUCUCGGCUGAAGGACCGCUCGUUUACCGGGUCUUCUGCCCUUGAUUCUGGUAGAGACGCAACAAUCUACAGACAUUCAGACAACGAGUCUCCGGGUGACGUUUAUCACCCACGCAGUCGUCACAUAAAUCGUGAUAACGUUAGAUCACGAAAUGACACUGGUCCAUCGGCUGACCUUGCGGAUGUAAAGAACAUGCUCGCAAACACAGCACAGAUGCUAGAUCGUGCUGCAGAAGCUGAUUCGGCCAGGACGGCAGAAGAUGAGGCUCUGGACAGGGAAAUGGAGGAUCUAAAAUAUCGUGUUAAGAGGGUAGGCGAUGAUCUCGAUUACGUUUCACGCGGACCAAGGUCCGCUGCUAAAGAUGAAGAAAGGAGAAGACUGGAAAGGGAAUUGUUAUCGUUAAUGCAUGAGAGAGUACCGGAAGUCGAAAGGAAGAUCAAGGCAAGGGACGAGCGUAAGGAGAGAGAGAAACGACAAUGGGCGCGGGAUCGGGACGAUGCGAAUCGCACCUUUGGCCGAUACGACGAUAAAGAUGAUUCGUAUUCCUCGCCUCGGAGGUAUGACGAUGACCGUGAUCGUCCGUACUCCCGUGGCUCGUAUAGGCGUGAUUACGAAGAUGAUUAUCGGCGUCGGACACCCUCGCCUCGCGACAGAAGGGAUAGGGAGUAUGAUCGCCCUCGCACUCCUGCCGCUCCUCGUGCUCCUUCUCCUGCUACGCCGUCUGUGACGGUCACCAGCCCUCCCCUGGCCGCCAGACCGUCACCAUCGCCUGCUCCAGCGAAGAAGAACAUGACUGCGGAGGAGCGCCAAGCCUUCGCUCGUGCUGAGGCUCAACGUCGUAUCGAAGCGCGUAAGGCAGCUUUAGGUCUUGUUGCAACUCCGUCUCUUGCUGCGAUUGAUACCACUGUGGAAGACCGACUACAACAAGAGAAGAAGGAAGCCGAAGAGAAGGCCCGAGCUGCGGAGAAGGAAGCGGAAGAAAGAGAAAAGUUGCGUAGGGAGCGUCUUGAGCGCGAAAAGGUAUUGAAGGAAGAAGCUUCUGCGCCUCCUGUUGUCGCUCCUCCCGCCGCCAAGGCUCCUCCCCCGCCACCUACGCGUGCUAAAGCACCCCCACCGGCACCUAAACCCAGAGGUAGUGCCCCAGCCCCGCCUCCACCACGAGCUCCAGCUGCUCGUCCGUCUGCUCCAGUAAUUGUGCCCCCUGUCCCCGUACCGCCUCCCCCGCCUGCAGCACCUGAGGUUGAUCCAGAAGAGGAAGCAUUCCGUGCUCGCGAAGAGGCCAUCAAGAAGCAGCGCGAGGCGCGUGCUGCGAGACUGAGACAGCUUGAGCAGCAGGAGGAAGAAGCCCGACUGGAAGAGGAGAGAUAUCAAGCGAAACUUCAAGCCUUCAAGAGUAAACCUGCACCGUCACCAGUCGUCAAGAUACCGCCUCCUGCUCCUUCUGUGCCUGCUCCUCCCGUUGUUUUGCCGCCUGUCGUGGCCCCCUCUGUUCCUUCUACUCCUGCAGUGCCAACUCCUCCUGCUGAAAAGCCCGAUACUAAUCCUUUCAGUCGUCUCAUCAAAGGAGGAGGUGCCGCUGUAGCCACCCCCACGGUGACGACAGCAGCUGGUAGCAACCCUUGGGGCCAGCCUCCCACUCCUAUCAGUCCUCCAGUGGCGGUCCCGACGCCGCCGCCUGCAGUCCGCUCUCCCAGAAGUCCUGGUCCGGCCCCAGUCAAAACACCUUAUAAUACUGCUCCCCCAAGUACUUCUUCUAUUGGCGAUGACUGGGACGUCAUCAAGGAGCACUCGGAUAGCGACGACGACAGUAGUGAUGACGAAUUUACCAAGUCCCGCAGCGCCAGGAACGAUAUCGCCACUAAAUUGUUCGGAAGCUUGCUUCCUAGGCCACAAUCGACGGCGCCUAGCCCUGGUUCAGGUCCAGCAUCGUCUCCGUCAUCUCCGGCUCCUGAUAGAGGCGUUGUUACAUCUCCACCUCCACCUCCACCUCCAGGUCCACCGCCUCCCCCGGCACCACCAGCUGCGCCAGCAGCUCCUCCUCCUGUGCCUGCUGCUACUUCCUCUAGUCCAAGUGAUGUCAGCGCCCUCAUGCGCUCCAUCCAAGGUGGAAUGAAACUUCGAGCGACGACGACAGUGGACAAGAGUGGACCACCAGUUGCUGGUAAAGUCAUCGGUGAUUCUGCUCCCCCUUUACACAUCAACACAGCUGUACGAGCCCCGUCUCCGCCUCGUACUGAGAGUCUCCCUCCUGUCGCUAUACCUAGGUCUACUCCUAUGGAUUCUGAGGUGCUAUCGAGUCAGUCUAACCGGCAGUCCGUCGAUUGGUAUGCCGACCUUGCGACUGAGGCAGGAAACCCGAUCGAACCCCUUCCUUCGACACGCGAAGAAGAUGAGGCAGAACAGGCACCUCCCACUCCCGUGCCUAUUAUCCAAGUAGAUGAUCCGCUGGCAGAUAUUGACAGGUCCCAGGAGCUUCGUGUUCGAACACUGUAUGCAUACGUUGCUGAUGGCCCAGAUGAUUUAAGUUUCGACGAAAAUAUUAUAUUGAAGGCUAAUCCUUCAAAAACUAAUGGUGACUGGUGGUUCGGCACCGCCGUGGCCACUGGGAAGUCAGGUCUGUUCCCUCGAACCUACGUCGAGCCGACGAAGUCUGUCAAUGCCAAAGCUUUAUACACGUAUACAGGCAAUGGCUCCGAUGAGCUAUCCUUUUCUGAAGGAGACGCAGUUAUUGUUGUCGAUGACAGUGAAGACGUAUGGUGGAAGGUGGAACAAGACGGCACGGUGUUCCUCGCACCCGCUGAUUACCUAGAGGUUGCUGAUGAUCCUGAUCGUACUCUGGUGGCACCGGUCUCCGACAUUGCGGCCGUUCAAAGCCCAGUUGAAGUGAAAGUCAGUCAGCCAAAACUAGAUUCUGCCGAUGAUCUUGGCACGGAUACGAGUGGCAACAACACUGACGCCGAUAUCGAUACCGAUACCUCCAGCUACUUGUCGUUCGACGAAAGUGACAAGGAGGAUACCUAUCCUGAAACCAAGAAUGAACGCGAAGCCCGUGAACACGAACGACAGUUGGUCCUUGAAGCCGCUGGUCUCAUUGUCAAGCAGGAUGUGAAACCUCCUCCGAGACCUCCUCGUCUACCAAAGUCUAGAAAACGUAGGACACCACCUCUUGCUCCUGAACGUUCGUCUGUUGGCACGUCGAUCUCUUCGCUGAAGGAUCUUCCCCUUCCUCCCGUCCCACCUACCGAAUCAGAGACGUCGGCGCAUCUCAAUGAUGCGUUCGACAGAUACGAGACAUUUCGGGACACUCACGCUAAUGCUAAUAGGAUGUCGGUAGCUUCCGUAGAUUCAGGUCCUCCUCCGAGUUCGCCCACGCUCUCCACCAUCUCGCAGAUACCCUCGAGAGAAGGGGAGAGUCGAUACUCCAGCAUCAUGCACUUUUUGGGACGUAAGACAUCUGUGGAGGCGGAAAGGCGUUUGGUGAUAUCAGCUCCGAUACUCAACUCCCCCGACAGUGAAAUCAGCAGGUCUGCUAGUCCGGCGUUUGGAAGUUCAUGGGCCAGUCUCGUUGAUAAAUCCGCACUUGAGGGGAUUCCAUCGAGAGAACGACGCCGACAAGAGGCUAUAUUCGAGCUCAUUGCGACAGAGACUGCAUAUGUACAUGAUCUGCAACUCGUCGUCGAGCACUUCUACUCAAAUAUGUUAUCGCUUCUGGAUAUGAAAGCAAUAACGGUAGUUUUUGCAAACGUGGAAGACAUUUUGAUAAUCAACACGAUAUUCAUGAGUGCUCUGGAGGAGCGUCAGAAAGAUUGUCGGUUGUACAUCGAUAAAAUAGGAGACGUUUUGCAGAGUUACAUGUCGAAGAUGGCUGUGUACAUGGAAUACUGCGUCAAUCAAUCGAAUGCCAUCAAAGUGUUGCAGUCAUUGCGCGGUUCAAGGCCUGACCUGGCUUCGCAGUUGCAGCGGCUUCGAGACGAUCCUGCAGCUCGCAACCUCGACCUGUCGAGCUAUUUGCUCAUACCCAUGCAACGGAUAACACGGUAUCCGCUUCUUGUUAAGCAAAUCCUCCGUUACACGGAGCCUGGUGGAGAUGAGCAAACGGCAAUCGUCGAAUCUUUAAGGGCUGCGGAAAGGAUUCUAGCUCACAUCAAUGAGACUAUUCGUGAGCAGGAGGGCCGUGAAGUGCUUAAAGAGAUUUCCCAGCACUUGUGGAUUGGCCAAGGUCGGCUAGAUUUGACUGCCCCCACUCGCUAUAUGGGUGCUCGAAUACUAUUAAAGGACGGGAUCCUGUGUAAAGCCAAAAGCGGGCGGAGGUUGCAUGCGUUUCUGUGUAGUGAUACAUUGGUAUUGACUGAUGCGACGGCAAAAAACUUGUAUCGGAUGCCUAUCUCUCUAUCGGAAGUGCGCCUGAAAGAUGGAAACGAUGAUUUGUGUUUCCAAAUCACAUUGCCAUAUCCGCGAGGCGGGGAAGCAGUUGGACUUCGAGCGUCAUCAGUUCGCGAAUGCCAAUUGUGGAUGCAGGCGAUAGAAUCGGCUAGCCAAAAAUGCCUUGAAGCGGAGAAAAGGGCGUCUCGUAGAAUUAGCAAGGCACGUUGA